CUCGAAACAGAUUCGUCGCAGUUCUCCAACGGUACGGAGGUGCAACCGCUUAAUUCGCGCAAAAACCGAAAACAAUCACUACCCAAUUAUUAAAUAGUUGCUAACAAGACUCAUAAUGAUGCAAUAUCUUGUGGUGACCCUGGCACUUUGUGCCACGAUCUCUUCUGCCGCUCAGACGCGUAAUAUGCCCAUUCAGGCUAUAGCUUAUCUGGUCGGACCUGUGCAAUCGGAUAAUACUCAGGUCAAGGGCAAUGUGACUUUUACGCAGAACGAUUGUGGCCAGAAUGUCCAUGUGCGCGUCCAGUUGGAAGGAUUAAAGGAGGGCAAACAUGGCUUCCACAUCCACGAGAAGGGAGAUCUCACCAACGGAUGCCUCAGCAUGGGUGCCCACUACAAUCCCGAUAAGGUCGAUCAUGGUGGUCCCGAUCACGAGGUGCGUCACGUUGGCGAUCUGGGCAACCUGGAGGCCAACUCCUCGGGCAUUAUCGACGUCACCUACACGGAUCCCGUGAUUACUUUAACUGGCAAAAUGGCCGUUAUUGGCAGAGGAUGUGUUGUCCACGAACUGGAGGAUGAUCUUGGCCUGGGCAAUCACACGGAUUCCAAGAAGACUGGCAAUGCAGGUGGCCGCAUUGCCUGCGGUGUCAUUGGUAUCAACUCGGAUGUGGACGAAUGGCCAUGUCGCGAUGGUGGCGCCGGCGCCCUCCGCUAUUCCCUCUCCAUCCUGACCGUCAUCGUAGCAAUCUUCAUGGCUCGAAGCCUCAACUAACCCACUGUACCCUGGAAUUGGAUCGAAUGAGCAUGUGGCAUGGGACUAUUGACCAUCGUAGAGAUCCGCAUCCCCACUUACACCACUAAUCACAACAACCAUUAGUCACACCACACACACACACCACACCCACAAAAGUAAUUAUAAUACUCCAGCAACAACAGCAUUAUCCACCCGAAAAGUGACUUUGAGGAACUAACUAAGCUACUUAUACUAUGUUUGAGUUGAUUGAUAAUAAAGUUUGUUAAUUGUA